CCCACCACUCAAUCAAUCGAACGGUUCCAAUAUCCACCGCGUAAACUCACACUUAUCGACAAACAACGGUCUUCAUUGAUCCACGUGUCCUCAAGAUAUACGUUAUUAACACAAUGAUCCAACGGACCCAAACUCACUCUGUUCUCAAAAGUCUCAUUCCCUCUCGCGCUCUCGCUCUCUCUCUCUCUCUCUCUUUGGCGCCGGAAAUUGAAACCGCCUCCGCCCGACGAAUCUCCGAUCAAAUUCGCCGACCUCAAUUCCCACUCAGUACCAAUCGAAUUUCACAGUCUUCGAUUUCUUGGUUUUCGUAAUUUCUCUGCAAAAUUGAAAAACCCCGCAGCCUUCCUUUGUUCUCAGCAAGCUCCAAAACACUGAAUUCCAUGUUCAUCCACUAGAUUAUAAAAUUUGUUAUUAUUUUUUUGAAACUUUAAUUUCAAAAAAAGGAAUCGAAAAGCUCGAGAAAUUUUCAACAAUGGCGGACUCAGACAACGAGUCGGGAGGGGGGCAGAACGCCGGGACGAACAACAGCGAGCUGUCACCUCGAGAACAGGACCGGUUCUUGCCGAUAGCGAACGUAAGCCGGAUCAUGAAGAAAGCGUUGCCGGCGAACGCGAAGAUCUCAAAGGACGCCAAAGAAACGGUGCAAGAGUGCGUAUCGGAAUUCAUCAGCUUCGUCACCGGGGAAGCAUCCGACAAGUGUCAAAGAGAGAAGAGGAAGACCAUCAACGGCGACGAUCUGCUGUGGGCCAUGACUACGCUAGGCUUCGAGGAGUACGUGGAGCCUCUCAAGGUCUACUUGCAGAGGUUUAGGGAGAUGGAGGGUGAGAAGACCGCGCCCCUGGGGGUGGCGCGUGAGAAGGACGGCGGUAGUGGGAGCGUGGGGAAUGGUGGUGGUGGGGUGGGUUAUGGAGAUGGAGGUGGUGGGGGUGGUGGUGGGGUAUAUGGGAGUGGAAUGGGGAUGGUGAUGAUGGGGCAGCACCAUCAGCAUCAGCAUCAGGGACAGGUGUACGGUUCUGGUGGAUUUCAUCAGAUGAGUAAGAGUGGGCCUGGGUCCAAUUCAGCUAGGCCCAGGUAGUGUUUGGUCCAAUCUCUCCAAUUUGUAUCAUCCUACUUUAUGGUGUUGUUACAAAACACACAAAACACAUAAAAGAGUGGAGUCUGAUGCUUCUUGCUUGUUAUUAUAUUGUUCAGUAAUUUGGGUAAAACGUCGUUUGUAAUGUGUAGACUAAUAGGAGUAGGAUUCUAGGUUUCUUCAGUUGGGGAUCAAAGAUGAAUCUACAUGGUUUGUAAUGUGUAGACUAAUAGGACUUGGUUUCAUUAGUUGAGGAUCAAAGAUGAAUUUGUAGAUUGUACCUAAUAACCUCAAAAAGGGUUUAUUUGCAUUCAAAAAAAUCCUACUUUGUUAA